CUCACUCUUAUGUGUUUUGUUUUGAUUUUUUGUUCCUUCUAUAAUAUUUUUUUUUUCGUAGCACAAAAAGAGAAGAAAAAAAACUAUUUUUUUAUUAAUCCGUACUACAAAUGAAUGACAAUGUUAGUGAGACAUUUCAUUGCAACGAGAUUGGUUGUCAGAUGAGUUUCUAUACAGAACAAAAUCUUUCAGCUCAUCGACAAGUGAAGCAUAAUAAAUUAAAUUUAGAUAUUCCACCAAAAGAUGCGACAAUAAGCUUCUCUGAUCAAACUCCAACUCCAACUAGACUUCUAAACAAAUGCGAAGAAUUGCGUGUUUUUGAUGAUCCAUAUAUCCAGAAUCUAAAUCCAUUUGAUGAGGGUUUCCGAAAAGCAAUAAACGAUGAUCAUCAUUGUGGAUAUUUAACAACCUUAUCAUCCAAUCAAGAUACACUACAUACACCACAAAUUAUACCUGAUUUUAUAUCACGUGUUAUUAAAGAAGAGAAGUUAAAGCAGGAAGUACUUCUGCCUAUUCAAGAUGAACCUGAAAAUUUAUCAACAACACCUGACAUUCCUAAAUAUACAAUCAAUGAUCAUCAUGAUCAUCAUCCUGUGGAAAGAUCACACCUUCAACCAAUUCCUCUCUUACCAAAACCCAAUAUCAUGUAUUCAGCACCGAUUAUCACAAACACAGCCUCAAUGCAUUUAAAUAGUACUCUUAAUGACCAUGCGAAAUCCAGUGAAAGUGUUAAAGAUAAAUUAAAGAAUAUAAUUUUGAAUAAUAACUCGACAGGCACGACAACUAUAACUGAUGCAUCGAAACGAAUAAAAAUGGAUUCAGACUCAAACCUUCCCGCCAUUCUCAUACAGACGGUUCCACUCAUUUCACCUGCAAAUUUUAUAAUUAGCAAUAACAAUAAUGAAGAUAGUAAAUUAAGGGUAACAGCAAGCAACAAUGGCAUUAGCAAUUCAAUAAACUUAAAACCAUUGGAAAUCAAAAAACCUGAAUUGGAAUCAAGUACAAAAAAGCGAACAGUACCAACAAAUAAAGAUAGUAGUAGCAAAAGCAAUACAAAGCUAGAUUCAGUUGCCUUAAAAAUUGAGAGAAACCGAGAAGCAGCAAGAAGAUACCGCAAUAAGAUUAAAAUUCAGAGUCUCGCGAUUAAAGAUAAGUAUGAUAGGUCCCAAAAGGAAAUAUCACAAUUAAAGAAGGAAGUGACGGAAUUGAAGAAAUUGUUGUUACUCCAUAAAGAUUGUGAUAUAACUAAAAAUAGCCGAAUGUCCUAGCAUUUCAUAAAUUUUGGUUAAAUUAAAGCAGUAGCGUAAUUUAAAUAUUGAAAAAUCACGAUUAGAAAAUUUGUGCAGCUGGUAAAUUUUAUUGGAUAAUAUUGGCAGAUUCUUUGAGAAUUUUAGUUUAAAUCUUAAGAUAAUGAAUCUAUUGAAGCGUUUUUAUACUGUAAAUCGUUUACAACGGUUGCAAUUGAUAGAAUCGACUACGAAGACUACAGUUGACUUCAAAGUAUGGAUUGGCAACUGAUAGAUGCAUUAAGUCCCUUUUGUAAUGAAAUUAUUAACAAAUCAUUAUCCAGAUUAUUUUGGGACAUUAAAUUUUAAAAUUGACAAUUUUUGCAAUCGUUUAUCUCUGGCAGAUAAUAUAAUAAUUGCUUGUCGUCGCUGAUAUUUGUUUGCUGACCGAUUAUUAAAAGUUUUUUAAAUCUCAAGAAAAUACAGAAUUCUUCAAAAUUUCUUUAAAUUUAAAAAGAAUAUUGUUGAGCUUCUAAUUCUAGUUCAAAUCAUACUUGUUGAGUUUUCUUCUAUGUUGUUUCCGAUGUUUCCUUAAAAACAUUUUUCUCUCUACUUAGUAUUAAAAAUAAGUCAGUAACCAAAUGAUCAUAACAGUGUUAUUAGCUUUUUGAGAAAAUUAAACAGAAAGUUCAAUGGGAUUCAUAUAUUGAUCAAUUUGUUGCUGAAUCAUAACGAGUUUGAAUUUUUUUGUUAAUUGUGACAAACAAACUUUGUUUUUUUUUUUUAAAUUACAUGAAAAACAUUGAUAAUGUAUAGUGAAGAUGUUGUCAGGAACCUUUUGCAAGAAGGAUAAAAUACAAGCUUUAAUGCUUACUGUUAAAAGUUUUAAGCUCUUAUAAAAAAAUUUGUUUUAUUUAAUUUAAUAUUUUAACCAUUGGUGCAAAAUUUAGAAUUGAUUUGCUGUGAGUCA